AUGGUUCUCGGGGCUACAGAGCCAACUCCCUGGAUGACGUCCAAGGAGUAUUGCAAAGUGAUAUUUCCAUAUGAAGCACAGAAUGAUGAUGAACUCACAAUCCGAGAAGGUGAUGUCGUCACACUUAUCAGUAAGGAUUGUAUUGAUGUGGGUUGGUGGGAAGGAGAACUCAAUGGCAGACGCGGUGUGUUUCCAGAUAACUUUGUCAAGCUCCUUCCUUCUGAUUUUGAAAAAGAGGUAAGCAAUAGACCGAAGAAACCACCACCUCCAUCAGCUCCUGUCAUCAAACAAGGAUCAGGCACCACAGAUCGAAAGCAUGAAAUCAAAAAGGUACCUCCUGAACGGCCAGAAUGCCUUCCUAAUCGAACAGAAGAAAAAGAAAGAUCAGAGAGAGAGCAAAAACAGUUAGACUUGCAGAAGCCUUCAGUUCCUGCUAUACCUCCGAAGAAACCUCGGCCACCCAAAGCAAACUCUGUGAAUAGACCUGGUACCUUGCCCCCGAGACGACCAGAAAGACCAGUUGUGCCUGUGACUCACACAAG